AACACCGGCGGGCGGUGACAACCGGCGAUUUGCGGACUGUGCUGCGGUUGCGACCUGUGAUUAUUUGAUUGUGACUCUCUGUUUGUACAUAUUCUUGUGGAAAAUAAAACCAUAGCUUUUCAUUUAUUAUUAUAGUAUAUUGUCCGUAUUACGGUAGCAUUAGAUUUAAUGUACGUUAAUCAGAUUUCUCAAUCAAUAUAAUGGAGGAAACAAUAGUAAUUCCCUCCCCAAAUUGGUACAAAUCCUCUGUUAUUGCUGUUAGUUCCGAUGGAUGGGUGAUUUAUGGUGGUCCAAGUAGAAGUCUUUGUGUUCUUAUACCAGUCUCUUUUGAAACGAGUAAGGAUGGACGUUUUAUAGCACAUGUGGUUAAACAAGCACAUGGAGAGAAGAUUGUUAGUGUUGAUAUUUCACCAGAAUGGCCCGAAAAACGCAAUAUUCUUGUCGGAAGUUCAGAUGGCAUGGUAAAACAAUGGUCUCUUGUAGAAGUUGAUAAUUCUCUUCAAGCAAAAUGUAUACAAAGCCAUAAUAUUCACCAGAAGGAAAUGGAGGAAGUUGUUGGAGUUGGAUAUUGUGAUUCAAGUAAAGCUGUAACACUUGGAAACUUUGGCAACAUAGUUAGAUGGGAUAUCAAAUCAAACCUUGUCCAAGCUAUGCCCCGUUUAUUGAAAGGAACAAAACCAUCAUGCAUGUCUUGUUCUCCCCAUAGGUGUUUAAUAGUAGCUGUUGGUACAAAGCAGGGUGUUGUUAUAGUGUUGGAUUUGAAUGGUGGGGGUAGAGUUUUAUAUAAAGUAAGAGGUCAAAAUGAUGAAAUUCUUUCCGUAUCUUGGUGUCCCCAAUAUGAAGUUUGUCUGAAAAAAUUGGUUGAUUUUUGUGAAGAGGAAUCUGUUCUAGCAAAAAGGCUGGCUAAAAUUAGAGAAGUUGGAUCAAAGACCAAAAAUCAUUCAGGCAUAUUAAAAGAUCUACCUGAUGAUAGUUUUGAUGAAACAAUUGUAGAAGAAGAUGAUACAUUUGAUAUAUACAAGGACCAUGAAGCAAAUGAGUUUGGUCACAAGAAAUAUGAGCCUGAAGAAGUUUUAGUUAAAGUUGCGGAAAAGAACGCACCAGAGGAUGACUUUCUUGCUGAAUGUUUGAGGUUAAAAAAAGAUUUAUUAGAUAGGAAAAAUAAAGAAGAAGAAACCAUUACAGGCUUAGUGGAAGCACUUGAUAAUACACACAUGAAGAAUGUAUCAUCAAAAUGUACAAGUUCAAGUGCUGUGUCAAAUGAGAAUUCUGAAACGGAAGACAUUAUUAAACAAGAGGAUGCUAGUUCUCAUAAACAUAAAAAUCUCUUAGCUUCAAUAGGAAAGACUGGGGGCUUGAGAAUAUGGUCAAGGAGUGGUAAAUUGGUUGCAAGCUGUUCGAUACCUAUUGGACAACAAAAAAAUAAAGUUACACAUUCAGAUGUCAAAUGGGCCACAGUGUUAUGGUACAAACCUGACUUACUUCUGAUAGCAGAUGGGAGGAGUCAACUGCUAAAAUGUAAUCCUCUACAAAUUAACAGCAAGACCAAAUUAAGAUGGAAAAUGAUUCACAAUCUACAUCAAAGUGGUCUCUUCUGUAUUGCAUCAAAUGCACCAAGAAUUCAGAAUACAAUAUGUCAACAGGAUGGCGAAAUAUCAAAUAAGAUUGAUGAAAAGUGUGAAAUCAAUGGGAAUGUAAACAGUGAUAAGUGGAUUAUCUGGACAGCAUCACAAGAUAGAGACGUUAUAUGCUAUUCGGUUGAGAAGGAUGAAGUUAUUGCAUAUUAUAAGUCCUGUGGUAGUUUUAUAUACGCAAUAGAGGCUUGUCCGUAUGAUGCUAGAAGAUAUGCUAUGAGUAUUGGCGAUGGCUCAGUCCGGCUUUUAGAGAUGGACCUAUCCGAAGAUGAAACAAAACUAAAUGUUACCACAGUGGUAUCAUAUUUUCAAAAUGUUCAGGGUAAAGUGCUCACAGUUGCGUGGCAUCCCACUGAAGAGAAUCUCUUGGCGUUUGCUACCGCUGAAUCCAGGGUGGGCCUGAUAGAUGCUAGUCAAAACAAAAAGAGAUCAGCAACAACCCUCCGGCCAACUGCACAGCGUUCAAUAUAUUCUUUGAGUUGGGGGCCAGAUAGGCAGCUCUUUACCUGCGGGGGUGGUGAAGUCACUGUAUAUGAUACCAAACAUAUUGAUAGUGAGCCGUGGGUUUUGAAAGUAGUGUGGGAACAGAAAGUAUGGAAACCUUGUGUGGUGAAGUAUACAUCUCGAGGCAUCCUGGUUGGCAGUCGUGAUGGAGCCAUCGCAGUACUGGACCUCGAUACACUUCAACCCGUAGCAGCUAGCUUCGUUUUUGGGAACAUAAUCCACCAUGUAGAUUGGCACCCACAACAGACAUCUGAAUCCUGUGAACUCUCGCCACUUAGAGAUCUGAUUGCAGUGAGCUCACUAGACAAAAUACACACAGUAAAUAUUAUCCAGUAUAGUGAGAAAGAUGAUGGUAAGACGCUCACUAUGUGGAAGGCUCUCACCGGUCACAAUUUACCCGUGCAUCAUGUCGUGUGGAACCCUCACCGCGAUAAUUAUUUACUGUCCACCUCACAAGACCGUACUGUGCGAGUGUGGGACGUAGUAGCUGGGACUUGUGUGAGUGUAUUCAGUGGGCACGGGGCUUGGACGGUGGGUGCCGCGUGGUGCUCCUUCCCCGCCGCGUGGGACUCCGUGUUAUCGGGUGGUGCUGACUGCUGCGUGAGGUUAUGGAGUUCCCGGGACUUCCCCGCAGACCUGCACCAAGAUGACCACGGACCGAAGAAGGAGAAGAAGAAGAAGAAGAAAGAUAAGAAGGCAGAUGAUACUGAGGAAAACCUAGAAGAGAACAUGGCCAUCCAUGCGACCGCUAUUGCCAAGCCCAAACAAAGGUUCCUUCUGCCAUAUGUGAUGAGUAGCAUGAAAUUGGUGACGCCCGAGAAGUUUCAGGAAAUGGCGCACAGAUUUUUGGGCACUAUCCCAGCGAAUGGCAACGAUGGGCAUCAUCGUUAUAUGAAAAUAUUUGGGAACACUAAUGAUUUUAACUCCAUUUUGGAUUCCGAAUUCGAAUGGCAUUUAGAGAAACAUAGAAUUGAGGCGGCAAUCAUGUUGUUAAUAUUCCGAGGUGAAAUGUCUGCGGCAAUGGAACUUGCGAGCGAGAAAGACUACCUGUGCCCUUUCCUUAUUUCACUUGCGCCUUGCGUUUCCUUCAAAUUUUGGAAAGACACGAUGCAGCUGUACGUCGCGCAGAUAGAGAGGAUGAUGGCGAAAGGGGACGUGGAGUUUAUUGGAAGACAGGUGGAUUAUGGCGGCAUUCAGUUGCGCAAGGCUGCGACGCUGCUCAGCCUGCAUGACGUCACCUCGGCUGUGGACCACCUGUCCGAGGCAAAGAUGUUCCUGGAAGCCUACAUGCUCGCGAGAGCCAGACAUAUGGACAAGCUGGCGGAAGACGUCGUGCGGAAGUGGGCGGACUACGGCGCACGGAGUGGUAUGCUACUACUAGCGAGCUUCUGUCACUUAGUGUUGGACGAUCCGUACCAAGCGGCCCAUCAGCUGGCCAAAACGCCCAAUGAAGAAAAUCUCAAGCUGGCCAAAGAGUUAGCUCAAUAUGCUGGCCAGACCACAUUUGUCCAGUUCGUCGAGGAAAAGUUGCAGGUAUUGAGAGAAAACGCUGGGGAUGAAAAUGAUCUACAAACUUUACCUUUAAAAGCUGAAUUAUUCACAAACGAGAUAUUAGACGAAUCUAAAGAUGUUAGUGAUGAUGAAGAUUGUAUUGAUGAUGCAGAGCCUACACCAUAGUGGUUAUAUAAGUGUUGAGUGUCCAACAACACAAGCAUGCUUGGCUGUGGUAUUUUUGAAUUUUGAAUUUCUAUGAUGACUUUGUUCUACAGAUUCAUUGGCUUCGUUGAACGCCGUUGAACCGUCAUAAAAUAUGAGAUUGUUUUCAAGUACAAAUUAAAGUUUUCUAUUAAA